AUGGCUGAGGUUCUUGAUCCCCCUUCUGAUGCUCAGCAUGUUCAACGGCGCUCCUCUUCACAGACAUCUUCAUCUUCCAGAAAAAGUCACAGAAACAAGCCGGCGCGAGCAAAGCCCCUCAAGCGCCUUUCUACCUCCUCUACCAAUACGCCAACGGACCUGACGUCGUUUCCUUCUCUUUCUCCUGAUGCCUCCCCAGAAGGCUUCCGGGGCGAGCCUGCUCUGAAUCAUGCGUUGAGUCAAGCGUUAUUGGCAGAAGAUCAUUCUCGUCCAAACGGCGAUCGAGGUCGUAAAGCAACACUUGAGGGUUUAACGACGUCAUUGCCACAUAUAUCUGGCCGUAAUGCUCUGUUUAGUGACUCGGUUACACCUCGGGAUGUUCCGGGUUCACUCCAUCUGGCUAAUGACGACCAUAUUGAGCGCAUCAUUGCAAGGACUGGAGCUGUGAAAUUGGUCCGGCAGUUUGCCAGGGAUCUUGCGCUUCGUGAUGCUGAAAUCUCAUCAAUCCGUCUGCGCGCAGACGAGCGAGAGAAGGAACUAAAGAAAAUGCUCCGUGAAGCGCAAAUAUCCAACCAGACAAUAGAACACAGGCUCUACGUUCUCGAGAAUCCCAAUGCUAAGGCGACUGUUGAUAAUACAGAAACCCUCAGCCCAUUAAGUGGGGUGAGAAGGGUAUCUCCCACCAUUGACGAUAUGAUGAGCCAAGCUAUGAGUGAUGAUGUAGGAGCUCAGGUGCUAGACUCACCGCCCGAAGAUGACACCAAGGGGUAUGGCGAUUUCUGCGACACAAUCCGCCCCAAUCGAAAAGAUAGCGGUCCUCAACCUAGAAGCUCUAGUGCGGGGUCCAUAUCUCAGAAAAAGUCGUCUACUGCUUUACUUCGUGCCUGGCAGGGGUAUGUCUGGGGAGGUGCUACUAUCCAACCUGGGAAUCGUCGGAAACGUUUAGAUGAGCAACUUUUUCAAUCCCUGGAGGAAAUUUCACCCGCAUUCGGCCCUAAUGGCAAAGGCUCGACAAACCCGAAUAAUGGAGAUACCGCGAGUGUUAAUUCUCGUUGUUCUUCAAAAUCGUUCGCGUCAUGGACCGUAAAAUUGUUUGCUGGAAAUCCUCACCCUGGAAAAGAAGGUGCUGAAUCUGCAAGUGUCAGAAGUCGCCCCUCUUCAACUGCUCCAAGUUCCAAGGCUAGGCAGUCCUCAGCCUCCGAGUCAUCAAAACCUAGCGGCUCUGCAGUUGCAGCCCUAAAACGCUUAAAUAGCUCGGCCGCUGGACAAACGGGGUCCACAAAGGCAUCUAGUGUUCGAGGUUCUAGGACCAACCUAUCCGUUGAAGAAGCGGCAGAAGGGAUCAGAAUCUCCCCAACCAAUGAUUCGUCGGGGAUAAGCACCACGGAAAUAAUUAGUAGCUCACGGAGCGAUCUGGAUCUGAACAUAGGUCUUCGCGCCGGCGGCACAGAGUCCUCCUUAGAUUCAACGACAGUUGAGGAUGCUGAAAAUUCAAACAUUCCCACCCGACGAUGGCAAGAUUAUUUAAAAAUUUCUACAAAGCCAACUGAACUUCUCUCACACACUCCGGAAGCAGGUACUAUUGUUUCUGUGUCCAAUGCUGCUGAACAGAAACCACGCUCGUCUUCUGUUGCUGUCCAAAAAGGAGGAUCAAUAUCUGUCGUCAAUGCCACGCCGCACGCCGCCGCACUUAUGUCGCAGGUCGUGUCCAGCAAUGCAGAGUUUUCGGGGGCAGGGAAUGAGACGUCCGCUAUGCUAGUACCAGUCUCGGAACAGGAGCCCGUUAAGCUACUAUUGGAACGGCUCACCGAGCUUCACGAUUCCCUGCAACGGGACCGUACAGUAAAGUGGAAUGAAUUUUUGAGGAAAGUUCGUGCGGAACGCCGAAAAGAAGGCGAAUCCUCCGAUCGACCUAGCGUAUCCCUUGCCAUGCCUGAAGUGUCACUUGCAGACGGAGAGAUCGUAGGUAUUACAGGUCUUGGUACUAAGGGUAAAGUCGGACGUGCCAAAUGGCGCGAGUUUAGAAACCUCGUCAUUGGAGGCAUUCCUGUCGCGUACCGAGCGAAAAUCUGGUCUGAAUGCAGUGGCGCCUCCGCAAUGCGGGUUCCCGGGUAUUAUGAUGACCUUGUGAAGGGCAAUACUAAUCUAGAUACUGAUCCAUCUGUCGUUUCCCAGAUAGAAAUGGAUAUUCACCGAACCCUGACUGAUAACGUUUUCUUCCGCAAGGGUCCUGGGGUCGAGAAACUUUACGAAGUCCUCUUGGCUUAUUCUCGCCGCAACCCCGAUGUCGGGUAUUGUCAGGGUAUGAAUCUUAUCGCCGGAUCUCUACUUUUGAUCAUGCCCACUGCCGAGGAUGCUUUUUGGAUUCUUGUAUCGCUCAUUGAAAAUAUCCUUCCCGCCCACUACUACGACCAUGGCCUUCUAGCGUCGCGUGCUGAUCAGCAAAUUCUCCGACAAUAUGUAGCGGAGAUCCUACCUAAAUUAUCUGCACAUCUUGACGAACUAGGCAUUGAACUUGAAGCUUUGACCUUCCAAUGGUUUUUAUCUGCAUUCACCGACUGUCUGUCGGCAGAAGCCUUGUACCGGGUGUGGGAUGUCGUCUUCUGUCUCAAUAACCCCGCCGCAUCCGCUACAACGGCAGCGUUGACCUUCCAGACCCAGUCCCACGUUCAAGCUCGCACAGACAGCGCUCAGGGAGGCACUGUUUCGACGACCAACUUGAUUUCUAACCCUACCAAUUCUCUGGUCGGAUCUGCUGCAAAUUCGGAUGGUGACCGAUUAGCCAACUACAGCGGUGGUGGCGGCGCUUUCUUUUUCCAGGUUGCUAUGGCCCUCCUCAAACUCAAUGAACCGCAGCUUCUCACAACAUGCUCGACGCCGGCGGAGGUGUAUACUUACAUCAAUCAUCAGAUGACAAACCACGCAAUCAGCAUCGAUGGACUCAUCCAGGCCAGCGAGGCUCUGAGGAACGUGAUUAAGAGUGAAGACGUGUGUGCGAGGCGCUCUGCUGCGUUGAGAGACAUGAGGGCGGAUAUAAUGGGUGGUGGGUAUGCGGGGAGCAUGAAAACAGAGAGCGACUCGAUUGGAGGCACUGACGCACAGAAGCUCAAACAGCAACAAAUUCCUGCAUAA